AGAACCACUGACUGCUCUUGACAAUUGUUAACCCACUAGGCUCCUUUGGUUAGAGAAGCCACAGUCCUUCAGCCUCCACUUGAUACCAAUACUUAGGAAGACCAAAGCCAGAUGGACAAACAGCAUUGAGAGGCUUUAGCCCUACUCCUCUCAGCUUCCAUCCUGUAGAGAACAGGAGUCAGGAGCUGCUGGCAGGAGACAGCAUGUCACAUGGGACUCUGCCAGUGCAGAAUAUGAACAAUGCCAUGUUCUUGCUAAAAAUGCUUAGCUUGAGUUUCAUAGGAGGUAAUCACCAGAUAGACAACUGCAGAAUGUAGAAUACUGAGCAGGACAAUAACCUGUCUCCUUCAGACAGUCCAUGUCACCAUGAAUCACACAAUAAAAAGGAGAAAAGACAUUUUGGGUUCAAAGAAACUAAAAAGAUAAUGUAGCUAUAUUUCUUUAGUUAUUUUGAACCCAAAGUAUCUCCUCAUCUUUUUGUUGUUGUCAUUGAUGGUAGGGACAUGGACUUGUUUGUAGAGGACAGGUCAGCUGUCUGGCUCAAUGUCCUACAAGAGACAGGGGGGACAUGGAAGCAUACAGCUAUAUUUGUGGAUUAGUCUAGCUAUCUGUUCAGUAUUUAAGGUUGUUGUUGCAUAGAUAUUUAUGACUUUUGUCAGGGGAUGGGUUGGUGGAUUGGUCCUUUCAUCAUUUUAUAACGUCCCUUUCUCUCUCUGAUUAGUUUCUUUGUUCUGAAAUAUACUAUAUCUGGCAUUAAUAUAGCCAGUCUUCCUUUCCUUUAGCUAAUGUUUGCAUGAUAUAUCUUUUUCUCAUCCUUUUGAUUUCAACUUGCCUGUAUCAUCAUAUUUGAAGGUAGUCUCUUUGUAGCCAGGAUGUAGUUGGGUCAUGUCCAUUAACCUACUCUGCCAAUCUCUGUCUUGUAAUUGGUGUACUUAGCCCAUUGAUAUUUAAUGUGAUGAUUGAUAUGGUAGGGCUUAAGUCUGCCAUUUUAUUUUUCCUUUUCUGUUCUCUCUGGUUUCAUUUUCUGGAUAUGCUUUAUUUUUCUUACCUGCUGUGGUGACUUGAACAUCUUUGAGAAUGGUGUUUUGCCUUAUCCAUAGUAUUUUUUAGUAUAUGUGUUUGUAUAGCCCUCUUGGUUUUUCCAGGUAUAUAUAUAUAUAUAUUUAUAUGUCUGUGCAUCUAUAUCUGACCACACGGUAUACUGGUGUCAUUUUUUCACCAGUUGAGUGAACGAUAGACGAGCAACCUUCUAUAUAGGUCUCUUUACCCUUCCAGUUUAUAAUUGUUUCCAACAUUUUCUGUAUGUAGAGUUAGAACCACAUCAAAUGGUUCUAUGAUUUUUUUCUGAAACCGUCAAGCAUAGUUUAGAAAACACAAGAGGAGAAAGAAGGCCUAUUUUGCUCACUGUUUUUUAAAAUUUUCUUUCUGACAUCCGAAGUUUCCUUCUUUAAUCAUUUCCUUUCUGUCUAGAGAACUCCCUUUAGCCUUUCUUUUAAGGCAGAACUGCUGGUCAGAGAUUCCCUUAGCUUUUCUUAAUCUGAAACUGUUUUGAUCUUCCCCUUAAUUCCUGAAAGAUGUUUCUGUUGGACAGAGGAGUCUGGGCUGACAAUUAUUUUCUUUCAUGGCUUGAAAAGCACUGCACAACUUCUUUCUGCCUCCAUGGUUUCUGAUGAGAAAUCCAUCAUCACCGGAAUUGUUUUUCCUUUCUAGGUAAGGUGUCACCUUUCUCUGUUGUUUUCCGGAUAUUUUCCUUGUCUUUCUUUUCCAACAUUUUAUUUUUUCACGUGUCUUGCCAUAGACCUCUUUGGGUUUUAUCCUAUUUAGGGUUCUCACAGCUUAUUGAGCCUGUAGGUUUAUGUCUUUUGCCAAAUCUGGGAAGCUUUCGGCCAUUUACUUCUUUGAGUAUGUUUUCAGCCUUGUCUUCUUCCUCUUCCCCUUCCAGACACUGAUAACAACAUGAAAGUGAGAACUUUGGAGGUAGUUUCACAGGUCUCUGAGGUUCUGUUCACUUUCCCCCCCAGUCUAUUUUUACCCUGUUAGGAUUCUGUAAUUUCUGUUUUUCUCAUCUGCAGUAUAUGGAUUUGUUUGCUCCACACCAUCCAUUCUGCUGCUGAGCCUAUCUGCUGGACUUUUUAUUUUAGUUGCAUUUUUCACUUCUAAUACUUCCAUUUGGUUCUUAUUUAUGUCUUGUAUUUAUUUGCUGAGUCUUUCUACUUGUCCAUUUGUUUCAAGUGUUCUUAUAAGUACUCAUUAAAUCAUUUUCAUCAGGCUUGCCUGCUUUAAACUCUUUGUCAGACGAUCCCAACACUUCUCUCAUCUCAUUGCCAGCGUGUAUUUGCUGUCUAUUUUCAUUCAGUAUGAGAUUUUCCUAGUUCUUGGCAUGAUGAAUGAUUUUCAAUUGAAACUUGGACUUUUGGGUGUUAUGUUAUCAGAGUUUCGAUUUUGUUGAAACCUUCUGUUUUAACUACCUUUUUUUGAGUCUGUUUCUGCAGGGGAAGAAGAGUGGUGCCAUCUCAUUGUAGCCAGGUGUGUGUAAAAAUCCAGGUUUCUCAUCUGACUGACCUCUGUUGACACCCUGAGUGGAGGAGCUGCUAAGGUAGGAGAGGGAGUUCCAGCAGCCCACUCCUCCUCCACUGCUACCUCCCUGGCUGGGUGGGUAGGAGUGCUUCAUUACUGCUUUCCACGUGGCCUCCAGUGACACCACAGGACAAGGGCAGCCUUAUUACUGCUGGGUGGAUGAAAGUCCUGACUCUCCACCAGGACUCCUCUGAUACCAGCCUAGCAGACAGAGGGAGAGGUGCCUCAUGACCAUCUAAUGAAGUCUAGGCUCCAAAUGUAGUUUCUAUUGACAGGGAGGUAAACAUAUUAUCACCUGGCAGGGAUGAUGAUGACAGCCCCAGCUUCCUCCUCUAACAUCUGUCAUUGAAAUUGUUUUUCCCCUCUAGUUUCCCCUCUAGGUAAGAUGUCUUUCUCUGUUGCUUUUGAGGUAUUUUCUCUGUCUUUAGUUUCCAGCAUUUUAGUCAUUGUGUGUCUCAUGAUAAAUAAAAUGCUGGGACCUAAAGAACCCCCGGGGCAAGGUGGGGGUUUAGCAUAUGUCAUUAUACCUGCGCAAGUGUGAAACCCGAAGCCCCUCACUGGGAUUUUGCUAGCUUUUAUGUUGAUGCAGCCACAGCUUUUCUUCCACGGUGCUUGACCUGAGGAAACUGAUGAUCGUAUAUGUGUCUUGUCUUGCUAGACUGCCCCUUUGCUGAUCCUUUGCCUAGAGAGAGCAAGAUUGUAUUGGGGUUUGCUGGAUCUGUAGCCAUUGGUAUUUCUGGGUUGCCAUCUCCUUUGGCUCUACAUCUAGGAUGUAUGCCGGGGCAUGGAGGAAUCCUGGGAACUCAUCUCCUGGCUUUCUGUGGGUCUUGAGGAAACCAGAUGGCCUCCUAUCUUCUCUUUGCCCUUCAGUCUUCCUAUGUUUGUUGUAUGUACAAUGCCCAAGGUUUUUAGAUGUAAUGAGCAGGAAGAAUAGGGCAAAGUUCAUCUAUUCCACCUUCCCAGUGUAUGCCUGUGAUUUCCUUGUCUUGCCUUAUUGAUUUGGGUAGGAUUGUCAUGUGAAAUAUCAGUGGUGAGCGUGGUCUUCCUUGCUUAGUUCCCAGUCCUAGAGGGAAAGCAUGUGGUCUUUCACCAUGAGGUAAGAUGUUAACUGUGAAUUUUUUUGUAAGUUGUCUUUAUCGAGCUGACAAAGUCCUGUAUUCCUAUGUUUCUGAUAGUUGUAAAACAUUCUCUUUCUUCCCUUCUUUCUAUUUUUUCUUAUUUCUGUUUUUGUUGGUUUUGUUUUUUUGAGAUGGAGCCUCGCUUUGUCACCCAGGUUGGAGUGCAGUGGCGUGAUUUCGGUUCACUGCAAAUUCCACCUCCCAGGUCCAAGCAAUUCUCUGCUUCAGCCUCCUAGUAGCUGGGAUAACAGGCACCUGCCACCAUGCCCAGCUAAUUUUUGUAUUUUUAGUAGAGAUGGGGUUUUGCCAUGUUGACUAGGCUGGUCUCGAACUGUUGACCUCAGGUGAUCCACCCACCUUGGCCUCCCAAAGUUCUGGGAUUACAGGCAUGAGCCAAAGAGCCUGGCCUCCCUUCUUUAUUUCUAUCAUGAAUAGAUGUUGAAUUUGUCAAAUGAUUUUUCUUCAUUGACUGAUAAACAUUUUUGUGGUCUGAUUUUGGAGUUAGGGUAAUCAUAGCUUUACAGAAAUAGUCGAGAGGUGUUCCUUCAUCUUCUAUUUUCUGGAACAGAUUGUACAGAAUUGAUGUUAAUUCGGCUGGGCGUGGUGGCUCACACCUGUAAUCCCAGCACUUUGGGAGGCCAAGGCGGGCGGAUCACGAAGUCAGGGGAUCGAGACCAUCCUGACUAACACGGUGAAAACCCGUCUCUAUCAAAAAUACAAAAAAUCAGCCGGGCGUGGUGGUGGGCACCUGUAGUCCCAGUUACUCGGUAGGCUGAGGCAGGGGAAUGGCGUGAACCCGGAGGGCGGAGCUUGCAGUGAGCCAAGGUUGCACCACUGCACUCCAGCCUGGGAGACAGAGCAAGACUCCGCCUCAAAAAAAAAAAAAAGAAUUGAUGUUAAUUUUUCUUCAACCGUUUGGUAGAAUUCUCCAGUGAAACCAUCUGGACCUGGAGCUUUUCUUUCUGGAAAUUUUAAAAUUAGGAAUCCAAUUAUUUUCACAGUUACAGAGCUACUCAGAUGACCUGUUUUGCUUUAGGUAAGUUGUGGUAGUUGAUACUUACGACAAAUUUGUCCAAUUCAUCUGGGUUGUCAAAUAUAUGUGUGUACAGAAUUUUAAAUAGUUUUUCCCUUAUUAUUAUCCCUUUGAUAUCUGCAGUCUGUAAUGAGUGUAGUCCCUGUUUCAUCCUGAUGUUCAUAAGCUGACUUCUUUUUUUCUUUGUCAAGUUUAUUGAUCUUUUCAAAGAGACAGCUUUAUUUUCACUAGUUUCCCCUUUUGUUUUUUUCUGUUUUCAAUGCCAUUGAUUUCUGCUAUUAUCUGUAUUAUUUCCUUCCAUUUGCUUUAGGUUUUUUUUUUUUUUUUUUUUGUAGAUUCAGUCUCAUUCCCAUGGCGCAGGCCGGAGUGCAGUGGUGCGAUCUCAGCUCACUGCAACCUCCACCUCCCGGGUUCAAGCGAUUCUCCUUCCUCAGCCUCCAGAAUAGCUGGGAUUACAGGCGGGUGCUACCAUGCCCAGCUAAUUUUUUUGUAUUUUUAGUAGAGACGGGGUUUUGCCUUGUUGGCCAGGCUCGUUUCAAACUCCUCACCUCAGGUGAUCCACCCACCUUGGCCUCCCAAAGUGCUUGUAUUACCGGCGUGAGCCACCGUGCCUGGCCUGCUUUAGGUUUCUUUUACUUGCUUUUUUCUUGUUUCUUGAGGGGGGAGCUUAAGUGUAUUCAUUUGAGAUGUCCCCUCUUUUCUUUUAUCCCUUUUAAAAACUUUUGUAUAUAAUUAUUAUUGUAGGAAGUUAGGCUUGGGCCCGCAAACUAUGGAAGAACAGAAUAUACUAGGCCGCUGCUUUAAUAGCUGGUGCCUGCUUGUCGCCCACCGCCACUCCCCCACCUUAGCUGCCUUGUCCAAAUCAAAGAGUUUAGUCUAGAAUGGACAUUUACUAACCUGCAAAAUAGUUCACUACAUCUAUUCUUAUCAGCUUGCCUGACUGCCCAGGUCAUAAGUCAAAUACUUGAAAAGCCCCCGAGCUGACCAUGAUUGCAAUGCAUUAUAGGCUGCAACAAAAUACAGGGAGACAACCUUAAAAAAAAACAACAACAACCUAAAAGUCCCAACCCAAGAUCCAAUAGGCGACAUCCGGGAAUACUGUGACCCCAUAGUACUCAGCCUAUGAGGAACUGGGGGAGGCACUUCCACACUAGGGGAUAAAUUGCUUGUUGUAAGCCUACUGGGUGUGCCUGCCUACCAGACACCCGAUCUUGCAAGACUGUCAUUAAUAAUAAGUCGCACUUCUGCUGUUUUCCGGGUCUUGGAGUCCAUUCUUUGGGUUUGGAUGGGUGAGUUUAUUUCUCACGAUUAUUUCCAGGCAGGCCUUGCCCAGUGGGUGGCUCAUGCUUGUAAUCCCAGCACUUUGAGAGGGUAAGCCUGGUGGAUCACCUGAGGUCACGAGUUCGAGACCAGCCUGGCUAACAUGGUGAAGCCCCGUCUCUACUAAAAAUAUAAAAAUUAGCCGAGCGUGGUGGCGAGGGCCUGUGGUCCCAGCUACUCGGGAGGCUGAGACAGGAGAAUCACUUGAACCCAAGAGGCGGAGGUUGCAGUGAGCCGAGAUUGCAUCACUGCAUGCGACAGUGCAAGACUCCGUUUCAAAUAAUAAUAAUAAUAAUAAUAAUAAUAAUAAUAAUAAUAAUGGCACGACCUAAAGUUAUGCAAGCAUUUGCCUUAGAUAAAAUUUCAAGUUUUCAAAGUUGUUAGCUGGGUGGACGGCAUGGCUUUACUUCCUAUUUCUUGGUAUUUCCUAAUCUUGUUGAAGAAGUUUUUCUUUUUCUCAAAGGCUUAUUUCAGUGGAAGCCCAUCUGCAAAAUCUGUUAUUAAUUUAAAUUAGAAAAUCACUACAAGUCCCACUGACAUGUGGGUUAUUGUUUUUGCGAGUGACCUAAGGCCACCUCUCAGGGGAGCUGGGGGUUGCCUUCCCACGUCUGCGCGUCUGCACCGCAUGCCCGGGCCUGGAAGUCAGACUCGGGGGCGGUGCUGCAGCACCAGGCCUGCAGUCCUAAAUGCGGGGUCGCUCCGGGCCCCCGAGGGGGUGUGUCUUCUGCCCCUUUAACCUGGCAGGGGCGGUUCAAGUGGCCCAGGAAAUCAGCGAUUUGCAGGGUCAAGGGCUGGUGCUUUGAAAGAGAGGCGGAGGGGGGAGAGGGAUUUCCCGGUCUCUGCCGCACUCUGUCUAUCCGCUCGGUUACUCCUUUCCCUGGCCCGCGCAAACCCGCUGUGCGGCAGAGGCGGCCAUGUACCUUUAAGGCCCCGCUGCGCCUGCGCCUUGGGCUCUCCUGAAGCGCCGAGCGGGACCCUGAGGAGCCAGCUGGCGCAGGCUAUGGGCUGGGCGGCGGUUGAGACAGCGGCGGUAUUGGGAGGGGUAGGUUAGGGUCGCGAGGCUGCGUGAGCUUCUGAGUCAACGCGGUGCUUUUGGGAACGCGGGACGGGCGACCUGUGGCGCCAGGAGCGGGCCGAGGCACGGCGCACGGAUGCUGUCUGGAUGGGAAGUUACGGUUUACAGCGAAGUCCACCCAGCGUUUCCGAGGUGAAGGCGCCGCGCCAGGCCGGGCGGGCAGUGAGUCCGGGACCCGCGGGUACACAGCUGGGUCGAGCUGCGGCUGUCGCAAGUUUUGUUGCGAGCGACGGAGGGCGAGGCGGGGUGGGGGGUUGGGAGGGCGUGUGUUCCGGCCCCGCCGCUUAAGUUCCAUGCGUUCGAUUCCUCGCUUGCCGCUGCCGCCUGCAGCCCUCAUCUCUUGGGCGCUGGGGAAGAAACUCGCUGGCGGGUGUUCUGUGGCAUCCCAGGGGGUGGAGGGACGAGCAGCUUCGGGGGCACGUCCUCGUGUAUCCUGUGGAGGACCCUGACCCCGCACCCCACCCUCGAGGCCAGAAAUCGGUUGCCUCUGGGGACCUGAGAGGCGAGACCACUCGCGCCCCUGACUUGCAAAGUUGGGGUCUUUAUUGGCCUCCGGGAUUCUGCUCCUGGCGGUUUCUGCAGGCUGGUGAUGGGCAAGCCAGGUGUACCAAGUCCAGGAUGCACGUGGGAGCGUUUGUAGCCAUCACUGAAUCACCUCAUGACUAUCGGGGCAGGCCUCUAAUUCACCGCAGGAUUUCCGACAGGGCCUCACUCUGUUGCCCAGGCUAGAGUGCCGUGGCAGGAUCUCAGCUCACUGCAACCUCCACCUCCUGGCUCAAGCGAUCCUCCCACCUCAGCCUCCUGAGUAGCUGCGACUAUAGGAGUGUGCCACCAUGCCUGGCUUAAUUUUCGUAUUUUUUGUAGAGAUGGGGAUUCAACAUGUUUCCCAGGCAAUCUGAAAACAAAUCCUGUUUAGAUGCAGGUGAAGGUUCCUGGUGACCCAGGCUCUCACCUACCAUCCCUUACCGUCCUCCUGAGGGUGUCUGGAGCUUCAGUGCUGUGUGUUCUUGGCCUCCACGCUGGGGGUGCCACCAACUCCCACUGUCCAGGGCUUCCAGUGGACUCUCCGAGGUACUGAUGUAGAAACUUCCCCAUUCGGUGCACCAAGAGCAACCUCACACGGUGUGGGCCGAAUGAAGAGCUGCCAGAUCCCACAGAAAUGUGAUUGAUAACAGUAAAGCCACACUCCUCAAGUGCCUGAAAUACCCCUCAUUGUCUUCUUCAGGUGGCAAGGGCUCUGGAACAGCCACAUAAAGAAAUGAGGUAUAGGGGAGAGAAACACGUACUUGGAAAGAAUUGACCCAGCUGAAUUGGAAAAUGUGGGAAGGGGAUGGGGAAGAGGCUGCUCCACCUGAGAUCUGGCUCCAGGACUUACAGCAAGGGGAACUUGGGCAAGUUACAGACUCUCUAUGCCUCAGUUUCUUCAUCAGCAAAACAGAAUCAUCCCAUAAACUAUAAGGUCGAUGGUAUCAGCGGGUCCCCAAACUGACUGCACAUCUGAGUCAUGUUAACAAACACAUUCCAGGCCCCACCUGAGCCCUCUGAAUCAGAAUCCCUGCAAGGAGGACGAUGAACUUGAAUUUGCACUGACUUUCCCAGCUGUUUCUUACUCUGAUCAACUUGGGGGUAGGACCCAUUGAGCUGCAUCACGUCAUUCCAAAGCCAAAACACAACAGCAGGACAAGAAUAUUUUCAAGGCAGUCUCUAAAGCAGAGGAGAAACUGUUGAGGGAACCUAGAAGUAAAGGAGAUCUGGCUUGCUGGGCUCCAUUUGAACUUUGAGUACAACAGAGACAUGAGCCCUUCAGGACACAUGCCUGAGGUAGUGACAGUCCAACUUUGGAAGAGUGGAAGCCCUAGUUUCAAAUUCAAGCAUGCUUUGAGUAGAAAUUAAGUUUACCUCUUUUUGCACAGCAACAUGGCCAAUCUUUCCUAAGCUGCUCAGCUUACAAGAAAAGGAAUCAUACUGCUAAGAAUUCAAACUUCAGCAGUCAUAGGGAGCCUUGGGAGGACCCCGAAUCGCUGAUGGAAUUGGGCAGUGCAUGGAGAUGGCUCAGCAGGACGAGGUCCCUGGCCCCACCUCUUCUGCCACAAACGUCAGCAUGGUGGUAUCAGCCGGCCCUUUGUCCAGCGAGAAGGCAGAGAUGAACAUUCUAGAAAUCAACGAGAAAUUGCGCCCCCAGCUGGCAGAGAAGAAACAGCAGUUCAGAAGCCUCCAAGAGAAAUGUUUUGUAACUCAACUGGCCGGCUUCCUGGCCAACGGACAGAAGAAAUACAAAUAUGAAGAGUGCGAAGACCUCAUAAAAUCUAUGCUGAGGAAUGAGCGACGACAGUUCAAGGAGGAGAAGCUUGCGGAGCAGCUCAAGCAAGCUGAGGAGCUCAGGCAAUAUAAAGUCCUGGUUCACUCUCAGGAACGAGAGCUGACCCAGUUAAAGGAGAAGUUACGGGAAGGGAGAGAUGCCUCCCGCUCAUUGAAUGAGCAUCUCCAGGCCCUCCUCACUCCGGAUGAGCCGGACAAGUCCCAGGGGCAGGACCUCCAAGAACAGCUGGCUGAGGGGUGUAGACUGGCCCAGCAACUUGUCCAAAAGCUCAGCCCAGAAAAUGACGAAGAUGAGGAUGAAGAUGUUCAAGUUGAGGAGGCUGAGAAGGUGCAGAAAUCAUCUCCCCCCAGGGAGGUGCAGAAGGCUGAAGAGAGCAAAGUCCCUGAGGACUCACUGGAGGAAUGUGCCAUCACUUGUUCAAAUAGCCACGGCCCUUGUGACUCCAACCAGCCUCACAAGAACAUCAAAAUCACAUUUGAGGAAGACGAAGUCAACUCAACUCUGGUUGUAGACAGAGAAUCCUCUCAUGAUGAAUGUCAGGAUGCUCUAAACAUUCUCCCAGUCCCUGGCCCCACCUCUUCUGCCACAAACGUCAGCAUGGUGGUAUCAGCCGGCCCUUUGUCCAGCGAGAAGGCAGAGAUGAACAUUCUAGAAAUCAAUGAGAAAUUGCGCCCCCAGCUGGCAGAGAAGAAACAGCAGUUCAGAAGCCUCCAAGAGAAAUGUUUUGUAACUCAACUGGCCGGCUGCCUGGCCAACGGACAGAAGAAAUACAAAUACGAAGAGUGCGAAGACCUCAUAAAAUCUAUGCUGAGGAAUGAGCGACGACAGUUCAAGGAGGAGAAGCUUGCGGAGCAGCUCAAGCAAGCUGAGGAGCUCAGGCAAUAUAAAGUCCUGGUUCACUCUCAGGAACGAGAGCUGACCCAGUUAAAGGAGAAGUUACGGGAAGGGAGAGAUGCCUCCCGCUCAUUGAAUGAGCAUCUCCAGGCCCUCCUCACUCCGGAUGAGCCGGACAAGUCCCAGGGGCAGGACCUCCAAGAACAGCUGGCUGAGGGGUGUAGACUGGCACAGCAACUUGUCCAAAAGCUCAGCCCAGAAAAUGACAACGAUGACGAUGAAGAUGUUCAAGUUGAGGUGGCUGAGAAAGUGCAGGAAUCGUCUGCCCCCAGGGAGAUGCAGAAGGCUGAAGAAAAGGAAGUCCCUGAGGACUCACUGGAGGAAUGUGCCAUCACUUGUUCAAAUAGCCAUGGCCCUUUUGACUCCAACCAGCCACAUAGGAAAACCAAAAUCACAUUUGAGGAAGACAAAGUCGACUCAACUCUCAUUGGCUCAUCCUCUCAUGUUGAAUGGGAGGAUGCUGUACACAUUAUUCCAGAAAAUGAAAGUGAUGAUGAGGAAGAGGAAGAAAAAAGGCCAGUGUCUCCCAGGAAUCUGCAGGAGUCUGAAGAGGAGGAAGUCCCCCAGGAGGCCUGGGAUGAAGGUUAUUCGACUCUCUCAAUUCCUCCUGAAAUGUUGGCCCCGUACCAGUCUUACAGCAGCACAUUUCACUCAUUAGAGGAACAGCAAGUCUGCAUGGCUGUUGACAUAGGCAGACAUCGGUGGGAUCAAGUGAAAAAGGACGACCAAGAGGCAACAGGUCCCAGGCUCAGCAGGGAGCUGCUGGAUGAGAAAGGGCCUGAAGUCUUGCAGGACUCACUGGAUAGAUGUUAUUCAACUCCUUCAGGUUGUCUUGAACUGACUGACUCAUGCCAGCCCUACAGAAGUGCCUUUUACGUAUUGGAGCAACAGCGUGUUGGCUUGGCUGUUGACAUGGAUGAAAUUGAAAAGUACCAAGAAGUGGAAGAAGACCAAGACCCAUCAUGCCCCAGGCUCAGCAGGGAGCUGCUGGAUGAGAAAGGGCCUGAAGUCUUGCAGGACUCACUGGAUAGAUGUUAUUCGACUCCUUCAGGUUAUCUUGAACUGCCUGACUUAGGCCAGCCCUACAGCAGUGCUGUUUACUCAUUGGAGGAACAGUACCUUGGCUUGGCUCUUGACGUGGACAGAAUUAAAAAGGACCAAGAAGAGGAAGAAGACCAAGGCCCACCAUGCCCCAGGCUCAGCAGGGAGCUGCUGGAGGUAGUAGAGCCUGAAGUCUUGCAGGACUCACUGGAUAGAUGUUAUUCAACUCCUUCCAGUUGUCUUGAACAGCCUGACUCCUGCCAGCCCUAUGGAAGUUCCUUUUAUGCAUUGGAGGAAAAACAUAUUGGCUUUUCUCUUGACGUGGGAGAAAUUGAAAAGAAGGGGAAGGGGAAGAAAAGAAGGGGAAGAAGAUCAAAGAAGAAAAGAAGAAGGGGAAGUAAAGAAGGGGAAGAAGAUCAAAACCCACCAUGCCCCAGGCUCAACGGCGUGCUGAUGGAAGUGCAAGAGCCUGAAGUCUUACAGGACUCACUGGAUAGAUGUUAUUCGACUCCGUCAAUGUACUUUGAACUACCUGACUCAUUCCAGCCCUACAGCAGUGUGUUUUACUCAUUUGAGGAACAGCACAUCAGCUUCGCCCUUUACGUGGACAAUAGGUUUUUUACUUUGACGGUGACAAGUCUCCACCUGGUGUUCCAGAUGGAAGUCAUAUUCCCACAAUAAGCAGCCCUUACUAAGCCGAGAGAUGUCAUUCCUGCAGGCAGGACCUAUAGGCACGUGAAGAUUUGAAUGAAAGUACAGUUCCAUUUGGAAGCCCAGACAUAGGAUGGGUCAGUGGGCAUGGCUCUAUGCCUAUUCUCAAACCAUGCCAUUGGCAACCUGUGCUCAGUCUGAAGACAAUGGACCCAAAUUAGGUGUGACACUUUCACAUAACUGUGCAGCACAUGCCGGGAGUGAUCAGUCAGACAUUUUAAUUUGAACCACGUAUCUCUGGGUAGCUACAAAAUUCCUCAGGGAUUUCAUUUUGCAGGCAUGUCUCUGAGCUUCUAUACCUGCUCAAGGUCAGUGUCAUCUUUGUGUUUAGCUCAUCCAAAGGUGUUACCCUGGUUUCAAUGAACCUAACCUCAUUCUUUGUGUCUUCAGUGUUGGCUUGUUUUAGCUGAUCCAUCUGUAACACAGGAGGGAUCCUUGGCUGAGGAUUGUAUUUCAGAACCACAACUGCUCUUGACAAUUGUUAACCCGCUAGGCUCCUUUGGUUAGAGAAGUCACCGUCUUUCAGCCUCCAAUUGGUGUCAGUACUUAGGAAGACCACAGCUAGAUGGACAAACAGCAUCGGGAGGCCUUAGCCCUGCUCCUCUCCAUUCCAUCCUGUAGAGAACAGGAGUCAGGAGCCGCUGGCAGGAGACAGCAUGUCACCCAGGACUCUGCCGGUGCAGAAUAUGAACAAUGCCAUGUUCUUGCAGAAAACGCUUAGCCUGAGUUUCAUAGGAGGUAAUCACCAGACAACUGCAGAAUGUAGAACACUGAGCAGGACAACUGACCUGUCUCCUUCACAUAGUCCAUAUCACCACAAAUCACACAACAAAAAGGAGAAGAGAUAUUUUGGGUUCAAAAAAAGUAAAAAGAUAAUGUAGCUGCAUUUCUUUAGUUAUUUUGAACCCCAAAUAUUUCCUCAUCUUUUUGUUGUUGUCAUGGAUGGUGGUGACAUGGACUUGUUUAUAGAGGACAGGUCAGCUGUCUGGCUCAAUGAUCUACAUUCUGAAGUUGUCUGAAAAUGUCUUCAUGAUUAAAUUCAGCCUAAACGUUUUGCCGGGAACACUGCAGAGACAAUGCUGUGAGUUUCCAACCUCAGCCCAUCUGCGGGCAGAGAAGGUCUAGUUUGUCCAUCACCAUUAUGAUAUCAGGACUGGUUACUUGGUUAAGGAGGGGUCUAGGAGAUCUGUCCCUUUUAGAGACACCUUACUUACAAUGAAGUACUUGGGAAAGUGGUUUUCAAGAGUAUAAAUAUCCUGUAUUCUAAUGAUCAUCCUCUAAACAUUUUAUCAUUUAUUAAUCCUCCCUGCCUGUGUCUAUUAUUAUAUUCAUAUCUCUACACUGCAAAUUUUGGGUCUCAAUUUUUACUGUGCCUUUGUUUUUACUAGUGUCUGCUGUUGCAAAAGGAAGAAAACAUUCUCUGCCUGAGUUUUAAUUUUUGUCCAAAGUUAAUUUUAAUCUAUACAAUUAAAACCUUUUGCCUAUCA